ACUGGGUGCCAGGCAGAUCCAAAGGAUAUCAUGAAGUUUCCAGGACCUUUGGAAAACCAGAGAUUGUCUUUCCUUUUGGAAAAGGCAAUCUCGAGGGAAGCCCAGAUGUGGAAAGUGAAUGUUCCCAAAAUGCUUACAAGUCAGAAUGUUUCUCCAUCCCAGAGAGAUGAAGUGAUUCAAUGGCUGGCCAAGCUCAAGUACCAAUUCAACCUCUAUCCAGAAACAUUUGCUCUGGCUAGCAGUCUAUUGGAUAGGUUUUUAGCAACUGUAAAGGCCCACCCAAAAUAUUUGAGUUGUAUUGCAAUCAGCUGUUUUUUCUUAGCUGCCAAGACUGUUGAGGAAGAUGAGAGAAUUCCAGUUCUGAAAGUUUUGGCGAGAGACAGUUUCUGUGGAUGUUCUUCAUCUGAAAUUCUGAGAAUGGAGAGAAUUAUUCUGGAUAAAUUGAAUUGGGAUCUUCACACAGCCACACCAUUGGAUUUUCUCCACAUUUUCCAUGCCAUUGCAGUGUCAACAAGGCCUCAGUUACUCUUCAGUUUUCCCAAACUGAGCCCAUCUCAACAUUUGGCAUUCCUUACUAAGCAACUCCUCCACUGUAUGGCCUGCAACCAACUUCUGCAAUUCAAAGGGUCCAUGCUUGCUCUGGCCAUGAUUAGUUUGGAGAUGGAGAAACUCAUUCCUGAUUGGCUUCCUCUCACGAUUGAACUGCUUCAGAAAGCACAGAUGGAUAGCUCCCAGUUGAUUCACUGUCGGGAGCUGGUGGCACAUCACCUUUCUACUCUGCAGUCUUCCCUGCCUCUGAAUUCCGUUUAUGUCUACCGUCCCCUCAAGCACACCCUGGUAACCUGUGACAAAGGAGUGUUCAGAUUACAGUCCUCCUCUGUCCCAGGCCCAGAUUUCUCCAAGGACAACAGCAAACCAGAAGUGCCAGUCAGAGGCACAGCGGCCUUCUACCAUCAUCCCCCAGCUGCCAGUGGGUGCAAGCAUACCUCGGCUAAACGUAAAGUAGAGGAAAUGGAAGUGGAUGACUUCUAUGAUGGGAUUAAACGGCUCUAUAAUGAAGAUAAUGCUUCAGAAAAUGUGGGUUCUGUGUGUAGCACUGAUUUAUCAAGGCAAGAAGGGCAUGAUUCCCCUUGUCCGCCUUUGCAGCCUGUUUCUGUCAUGUAGUGUCAACAGUUCUUACCUUCUAGUACAAAGCUAAGGCCAGGCUACUCUAGGAAUGGGAACAUGCAAAACCAGGAAAGGAUAUAUAAGGGAUUAAUACCUUAAGAGGCUGAAUUGAAAUGAGCCAGAAGGGGGAAAAAAACAGCCUUGUUUACUGUGUGGCUAAUUAUUCAACAUUUAAAUACUCAAAAGACCAAAAAAAGUAUAAAAAAAUUUCAAAAGAUCCAAUAUUUAAGAAAAAAAAUUACAGUGUUUGCAAGUUCUUCUGUUUCUCUGCUGACAUAUAAUAUUACUUGCCCCAAGUCACCAAGUCAUGUUUCAUGUUUUUAAAAGAUCCAAAACUUGUAACUAGCAAACCUUAUUUAUACCCAGCAUCUUAAUGUAAUUUUCCUCUUUUGCUUUCUUCUUCAUUGAAUACUUAAUGAAUUUUAUGCAUGUUGAUCUAUAUACUCUGGCCUCCACUAAGCAGGAAACCUCUCCUCCCCCCCUUGUUUUUUAGCAAAUUAGUGAACACAUGUUUGGAUGACUGCCAUGAAUAAUUCAUGAUUCAAAUCUAAAUUAGUCUGAAAAAACUUUGAAAUUGUUUUAUAUGAAUCAGGUGGUAAAAAAACCACAAUAAACAGGUUGAUUUUAGUGUUUAUCUCAUUUCAAUUUCUAGCGUCUAGAAAUAAAAUUGAUGCUUUUAUUUUUAUCUAUCUUAAAGUGAAACUUAAAAGUGGUUUGUGAUUAGGACAUGUUUAGAUUUGUUGAAAGCUUUUUUUUUGACAUUUGUAUAAAAUUAUUUGUGAUAAAGUUAAUAUAUCCAGGUGCUCACCAAAGAAACGUACGUAAACAACUGAGGUUAGAUUUUAUAACUGAUGAGAAUUCAAACCCCCCACCCCCAUUUAUAAUCAGUAGAAAAGACUGUCUAGAUGUUGGGGCAGUUCUAUGAUUUGAAUCUGUAACAUGUAAUAACUGAAUUCAAUACCCAAGUUUUAUGUUGCUAGGAUUUUCUCUAUAAAAGUUAUUCUCCUUCCUCUCCAGCCUAUGUAUUUUUCUUAAUGACUUUUGGAUCCUGAGCUCUCUGUGCAGUCUGACAAGGUAUUGCAGUCACAACCAUGCCAUGAUCGAUGAGAAAAGCCUCUGGUAGCAAUAAAAACAUUGUCCUUA